CCGACCUCUUCGCUCGCUCGACCUGCGGACGCCAUAUUGAAUUUUGUUGUGCUUCGGUAGAAAACAUUGUGAGCACGUGGAUUGUUGGUUAUUGAGUUUAAAUUGAUAGUAAUUUCUGAUAAUUCAUUAUUUUGGACCUUUUAUUCAGUUUUGAGUUGAGUGCAACUAUUUUCAUUUGGAUAUUCAAAUUAUUUUAAAAGUGGCUUAUUACAAUGGCUCCUUCUCGUCAACUGAUCCUGUGGUCGGUGCCAUCCAUAGCCGUACUGUUGGGAAUAUUCUGGUUCCGAAAAAAAAGAGAAUAUGCCAAGUCUGACCCGGGAGGAAGAGAGAGGAUAAAGAGCCUGCAGGAGGAGCUGGCCGAGGCUCUCAGCAGCGAGGCCGAGGCACUGAAGGCCUCUCCUCUCGGCAAGGCUGACAGAUCUAUCAUUAAGUCAGCACCUAUUGACAUUGUUCCUAAUGGGCUUGGAUCUCAGCGAUCUUCACCCUUGGAACUGACUGAUGAAGAAGUGGACUUAGAAAUAGAGAAAAUUAUUAGAACUAAAUCUGUUAAAAAUGACUUCAAAGUUUCAUCUAGUAUUGACCGAGUUUUAGUUAUGCAGUCUCUCAAAGUAGAACCAUCAUUCAAAAUUCCAGUGCCGUCCUCCAAGAGGGGGUCAUCUCUCCAAUCUGAGGCUAAUAGUAUUAGAGAAGUUCCCAGCAUGUGUCCAGCAGAUGCAAAGCACAUUGUUGCCACAUCUACUGCAGAGUUUGCAGAGAAGGAGAGCACACACAGUGUGUCUGCGGCUGCGGUGGAUGUCGCCCCCCUCGAGGAGGCUGUGGCUGAAGAAGAAGAAUGUAAUAACAAUGUAGUUGAAGAAGCAAAUGAGACUAGUGAGAGUGCGGACAAUGAGGACAGGUUCUCCACUGCUCAGUCGAGGCGCAUAUCAGAGAGAGACUCAGCCAAUCACAGUCCAGUGGACCCGCUGCUGGCCAGUCCCUCUAUGUGCCACUUCUCUGACAACCACAGUGAGGGCUCCAGUGACAGCGGCAAGGGCUGCUCGGAGGCGGCGAGCCCCCCGCCCGCGCCCGGCAUGCUGCCCACGGAGGGCGCGCUCCGCAUCCACCAGUUCAUCAUCCCACAGACCCUGGUCGGUCUGCUAAUAGGAAAACACGGUUCUUUUGUAACAUUAAUUAAAGGUAAAACGGGUGCUAGCGUCUACGUCCGGAGGCACCCAGACUCUGUCAAGCAAAAAAUUUGUGCAGUUGAAGGAACUCAAAGUGAGAUAGAAGCAGCUUUAGAUAUGAUUAGAGAGAAAUUCCCAGAAAAGAGAUUUCCCAACUUUACUCUAGAAGAAAUCAGUCCUGAACUAUAUCAAAAACUGAUGCCUCUUGUACCGGAGUUCCUUCAACUGGUGGAGAGCGUGAACAACGAGACCAUCAUGACGUGCCUGGUGAGCGCGGGGCACUUCUUCCUGCAGCAGCCGCUGCACCCGACCUUCCCCUCGCUGCACGCGCUGCACCGGCUCAUGGCCGCCACCUACUCGCAGCCCGACGUGCCGCCGCUGCCCAGCCCCGUCAAAGAGGGUUCAAUCUGCGCGGCGCCGACGGAGAACAACUGGUACCGCGCGCAGGUGAUUUCGGCCAGCGAGGAGGCGGGCACGGCGGUCGUGAAGCUGGUGGACUUCGGCGGCUACCUCACGCUGGACGCCGACCAGCUCAAGCAGAUCCGCUCCGACUUCAUGACGCUGCCGUUCCAGGCCACCGAGGCGCUGCUCGCCUUCGUCAAGCCCGCCAACAACGAGUCUACGUGGAGCGGGGAGGCGCUGCGCAUCAUGGCGGGGCUGACGGCGGGGCAGCUGCUGCACGCGCAGGUCGCCGGCUACGACGAGGCGGGCCUGCCGCUCGUGCACCUCUACCUCACGCUGGGGCCGCAGCAAGUGAUAUUCCUGAACCGCGAGCUGGUGGAGCGCGGGUUCGCGGAGUGGGACGUGCCGGCGGACUCGUGAGCCCCCGCCCCCCCCGCGCCCCGCGCCCGCCCCCGCCCGCCCCGCACGCAGGGGCUGCAUUUUGAAUGACACAUUUACAACAAGCGCACUGCCACCCGCCGCCCGGACCACGCUCCCGCGGCCUGUGCGUAUUCACAAUCUUGAGUUAUUUUAUACGAAUGUUACUGAGAGCUACUAAAUUAAAUAAAGGUUCGUUCGGAGGAUUUCUAAUAUUAGUUUCGUUUUAAAGCUUGAUUGAUAUAAUACAUUAGUCGUUUAGAUCGGUCUCGCAGACGCAGGUAUUCUCCGGGCGCGGGCGCCGCUCGCGCCGACUACUAUCAUCCAUUACUGAAGUUAAGGUUUUUUUAUAUUUUGACUGAGAACACUUGUGUAAUUAGAUAGAAAGAAUAUUUUCUGUUGCUAUUUUAUACUGGGCUAUGUUUGUAUGUUAUUGAAACCUUCUACAUUUUGUCGUGUAUUCUUCCUUCAUUUAUAUCUAAGCUCCCAUUAAUUAGUUGAAUUCAUUAUCAUACAAUACGCUUAUGAACAAAUUACUGUUUUGAUUUUUGCAAUUUACUUAAUUAUGUUUAAAGUAAGAGUUGUCUGGUGAUGUGUUGCAUCUACAAGGCUCCCCGCGCGGCGGCCGGCUCUGGUCUCACCGAUGCUCCUCCAGCCGUGCACUGCCUCUGGUGCAUAUGUUUCGUUGUAAAUAGUUGCUUUACUAUAUUGUGCCAAACCGUAACUGCUUCUCAUUGAAAGACUGGAACGUCUUCAUUCGUCAGAGCGAUAAAUUUAUAGAAUAUGCCUUGUAUGAUGUGCCUUCAAAAGUUCGUUUCAAAGUAUUUGGUUGAUCAAGUACAUAGAUAUACUAUAUUUUUGUCACAUCGUAUUAUUUGUAUUUAGUUACAUGUAUUUGUGUAUUAUUUUUGUAAACUCUCAAAAGUUGGAAAGUCGAGGUUGUCCCUGCGAGCGCUCUCGGUCCAUGCGCCGGCACACGAUCAGCUGUGAUGAACCAGAAGAGAUGGCUUUGACCGUCCAUCUUUUGAGACAGUAUUUCAUUUCAUAUCACAAUGUUCACAAUGCGACGCAGCAUUUUAUUUAUUUUAUGUGUAAAUUGUAUAAAAGUACAAUAGAAUGAAGCGUGUGUAUACUGAGUGGUAAUAUUUUAAUAUGGUGGACAUUAUGAUUAUAACUGUCGUUUCUUUGAUGCAGCCAAUUAACAAUGGGUAUUUGGGUUACUUGCUUUAUACCUUCUUAAAUAUCUAUGUAUUUAUCUCAGUAUGUCGGGUCACUGCUAGUGCCAAAUGUACGUGAGGUUCGUAGGUCGCUUCGUUCCCCAAUAAGAGCGCAUGUUCGAUAAAACAUCUUCUACUAACAAUGUCACAUCGCACCCACUAACGUUUCCCGACCCCGGUCCUGUAAUACAGCUUUCACAAUCCAUUACGACAGUUUAGUAAUGUAUUUGCCACCAUAUUAAAAGUAUUGCCCUUUGAUUAACCUCAUAAAAAGACUUAAAUACACUUAGGUUUACUAUGAUUCAGUGUUGAUCCGAUUUCUAAUAUUGUAAAAUCUGUUACCUCAGUCAUGUCAUCUGCACGUUGAUUGGGCGAUGGCUGCACGCUGGUGGCGACAAUGUUAGUAUGAUGCAAGUGAAACAUUACUUACAACUGAUGUUGUAUCAACGAUACUGUAACAUUAUAAGCCUUUUUGUUUACAAAAUGUAUACAAUACUGCCUCUACAACAUAUUUUUUCUUUGUAUAAUUUCAGAAAUUAUUUGUAAUCGAUGUUAUUUUAACGAAAUGGUUUAUAAUGAACCUGAGUAGCGUGUCGUCGGUACUGAGUAGGCUAAGAGAGCCGAUGUUCUCACUUUAGUUAAUAGUGUACAUAAUAGCGAGUUUAAGUAGUUAUAAAAGCAAUUGAUAUUUUAGUUUUUGAAGGUAAAUUUAUGAAUUUAGUAAUGAUAAUGUUGAAACUGAAGUGGUCGCUCCUAGUGUAUUUGAUUUCUUGUAUGCGUAUUGUAGUGAACUUGGCAAACGGGAAGCUUAGACACUUCGUCUGUAGUUAUAUUUACGGCGGCCGAGUCACCCGCAGCUAUCAUUAGAACAUAUUUAACGGAAUACCAACCAAGUGUUAUUUUAACACCAGUGAUUUUUCUUUUCAGUUCGCAAAUGAUUAUUGUGAUGUAACAAACUAGCUGGCUGACCGGUGAUUGCAUUUUGUUGACGUCCCUAGUGUAUAUAGACUAAUAUAUUUGCGGUUAAAUCAAUAAAUUAUCGUUUUUAAAACCACAAA